CUCAGGGACCUGAGCAAGGGGGCGGGGUCGCCGCGCGGCUGGGGGGCGGCGUGGACCCGGAGCUACCCGGAGGCCCAGGCGAGCGGAACUCUGAAGACACAAUCCAGCCUCUGCCCUUUCUUCCUUAUUUAAAAGAAAACUGGUGGCUGUAAAAGGCCCUAUAGUCAAACUCAAUAUUUUUUCAGAUUCAUUUUUAUUGACAUAUACAACAGAAAGGCUAAACACAAAAAUGAGAAAAGUUGAUCUCUGCUUGAACUCUGAAGGGUCUGAAGUGAUUUUAGCUACAUCCAGCGAUGACAAACACCCACCUGAAAACAUAAUUGAUGGGAAUCCAGAAACAUUUUGGACCACCACAGGAAUGUUUCCCCAGGAAUUCAUUAUUUGUUUUCACAAACAUGUAAAGAUUGAAAAGCUUAUAAUUCAAAGUUACUUAGUGCAGACCCUGAAGAUUGAAAAGACCACAGCUAAAGAGCCAACUGGUUUUGAGCUGUGGAUCCAGAAAGAUUUAGUGCACACAGAGGGACAGCUUCAGAAUGAAGAAAUUGUGGCCCGCGAUGGCUAUGCCACUUACUUGAGAUUCAUUAUUUUAUCAGCCUUCGAUCAUUUUGCAUCUGUGCAUAGCAUUUGUGCAGAGGGAAUAGCAGUAUCAACGCUUUCUUAGUAACUAUAAUGAAAUGUUCUUACAUGAUUCUUAACAAUAUAUUUACUUCAACAUGAAAUUUUCACCAAAAUACGUUAUUAAAAGGGUUUGUGUCAAACUUUUUUAGCUUUUAUUUAUAUUUACUUCAGCAUUUUGGGUAAGACAUUUUGAUUUCAUCAGUCAGCACCAUGGAAUAUGUAAAAACUUUGGCUUCAAUAUACACAGUAAUCAAGGCUGGGACAAUACAUGAAAAUUUUAACUGAUAAUGCAUUAUGUCCCCACAGUAUCUCAGUGCAUUUUGUAAUAAAGUAACACAGACUUAGUGACUUAAACAA